AUGUCUAAGAACGCCGUCUCCGGGGAUAAAAAGGUCCCGAAAAUAUUUUGGAUCAUAGUCGGGGGGAACAGCCUCUCCCCGCCUCCAACGUGGAAUCGCUUUCUUUCCAUGAUGGAUGAGCAUGACAAGUUAGAGCGAGAGGCCAGGGCCGAGAAGGAAGAGUUCAAAGCUGCCAAGAAACAGGCCAAGGAGGAGCUCGAGGCGAUAAAAAAGUCGAACAAAGAGACAUUCAAGGGGGGGUUGGCGGCCUGGAGACAACGGAAGCGCGAGACAAAAACGAACAGUGACGAUGAGUACGGAGCCGGGACGGGCCGAUAG